ACGAGCGAGCGUGCUGGAGUGACGCGGAUAGAGCCCGCGGGCGGUGGCGUGCACUGUUGAACCCAACCUGCUGAUUUAAAAGAAACAGGGACAGCAAAUACUGCGCACCUAGGCCGGGGAGAUACGACUAACUGUGGCGAGGAUGGCGUCACGUAGCCUGGGGCUGCAUGUAGCACGCAAACAGGACGCUGCCAGAAGCGGAGCUGUGGAGAGGAGGAAUCUACUGACUGUCUGCAGGUUUUCAGUGAAGACGUUGCUUGACCGCUCCUGUUUAGACACGAUGGACGACUCUUCUCCAGAGUUCACCAACUUCGUCUCCAUCCUGGAACAGAUCCUCAGUCACAAACUCAAAGGUCAGACUACGUGGUUUGGUUAUGAGACUCAUCGUAGUUUCUGGGAUUAUGUGAAAGCAGCCUGCAGUAAAGUCUCUCCCAGCUGCAUCCACAGCAUUGAGAGCAUGGAGAAUGUCUGCUCCUCCAGAGCUAAGGGUCGGGCGUGGAUCAGGCUGGUGCUGAUGGAGAAGAGGCUGUCUGAGUACAUCUCCGCCGCCCUGAGGGACUUCAAAACCACCAGGAGAUGGUAUGAGGAUGGGGCCAUCAUGCUAGGUGAGGAGGCGGGGCUGCUAGCAGAUACACUCCUCGGUCUCAACACCAUUGACUUCAGCUUCUGUCUGAAAGGGGAGGGGCUGCAUGGAAGCUGCCCAGCGGUGAUUGACUAUACGCCUUAUCUGAAGUCGUUUCAGAGAGAGAACAGCAUCAGCAGUGAUGAGGAGGAGUUGAGGACCCUGGGGAGCAGCGGCAGCGAGAACACCACCCCUGAAAAGAUGGCCGCCAGCACUGCAGAGGCCAUCUUAACUGAGCAGAGCAGCUGGGUCUGCAGGUGUAAACGACUCGAGCAGAAAUACCGCAUGGCAUUGGAACAGAAGUGUUAUCUGGAAGAGAUGGUUCGUCUGAGAGAGGCCCAGCUGUCUCAAGUGAUUCCUCAGAACAAAGCUCUUCAGCAGAGACUAACAGACACACACCUCUCACACACACUGGAGAAGGAACAACUAGAAUACAUCGUAUUGGAGCUCCAGGACCAACUGUGAGUUUGUGUAUCUGUGAGUGGGUGGAAUGACCAGCUGUGAGUGACAUUUUAACCACAGCGAGAGGGCCAGGGAAUGCAGGAGUAGUGCACACAGCUAUGUCAAAUUUAUUUAUAUAGCCCUUCGUACAUCAGCUGAUAUCUCAAAGUGCUGUACAGAAACCCAGCCUAAAACUCCAAACAGCAAGCAAUGCAGGUGUAAAAGCACGGUGGCUAGGAAAACUCCCUAGAAAGGCCAAAACCUAGGAAGAAACCUAGAGAGGAACCAGGCUAUGUGGGGUGGUCAGUCCUCUUCUGGCUGUGCCAGGUAGAGAUUAUAACAGAACAUGGCCAAGAUGUUCAUAAAUGACCAGCAUGGUCGAAUAAUAAUAAGGCAGAACAGUUGAAACUGGAGCAGCAGCACAGUCAGGUGGACUGGGGACAGCAAGGAGUCAUCAUGACAGGUAGUCCUGGGGCAUGGUCCUAGGGCUCAGGUCCUCCGAGAGAGAUAAAGAAAGAGAGAAUUAGAGAGAGCAUAUGUGGGGUGGCCAGUCCUCUUCUGGCUGUGCCGGGUGGCGAUUAUAACAGAACAUGGCCAAGAUGUUCAAAUGUUCAUAAAUGACCAGCAUGGUCGAAUAAUAGGAAGGCAGAACAGUUGAAACUGGCACAGCAGCAUGGCCAGGUGGACUGGGGACAGCAAGGAGUCAUCAUGACAGGUAGUCCUGGGGCAUGGUCCUAGGGCUCAGGUCCUCCGAGAGGGAGAAAGAGAGAAGGAGAGAAUUAGAGAACGCACACUUAGAUUCACACAGGACACCGAAUAGGACAGGAGAAGUACUCCAGAUAUAACAAACUGACCCUAGCCCCCCGACACAUAAACUACUGCAGCAUAAAUACUGGAGGCUGAGACAGGAGUCUUACUAUACUUGUGAGGACUUCUUGGGGACCAACAACCUUAACUCCUAAACCUAACCACUAAUUCUAACCUUAAGACUAAAAUAGUUAUUUUCACAAGUGAGGACCUUAUGAGGUUUAUAAGUUAGGUUUAAAAGUAGACUCGGUAAGAUGAUGUAGAUGCACCGUGUACACAGUAGUAGUGCGUCAAUUUCCACAACUGAGCAUUGGAGCGUGAGGCUUAACUUCUGUUUUGGUCCCGUAGCUACCAUGUUGCAUCGUGCAAAUCUCAAUGGCUGUGUUAGAGCGGAUCACUUUUGUCAAGCCUUUCAAAGUUUGUUGCAUUGUGGGAGAAAAAUGGUCUGACUUGCACCUACAUGUCAACUGCUUGAACAUUACAAAAAUGUGAUCAAAGGUCAUUGACUGCAAGUUUCUGCUCUUCACCAACUUAAUUCUGCAGCCAUCGCCUGUAUUGUGGGAAGCUCUAUUGCCAGAAAUUACGUAAUUGGACAAAAAACACCUUCCCACGACUGAGCAAAAGCCUUAAAAUAAGGAUUGUGUGGAAGUUGAUUGUUAUAUCAUGUGUAUAUGAACCAUAGAGGCAACACUCAAGCCAACAUAUUUUUAUUAUUUUACCCCUUUUUCUCCCCAAUUUCGUUGUAUCCAAUUGUUUAGUAGCUCGGGAGAGACAAAGGUUGAAAGUCAUGCGUCCUCCGAUACAACCCAACCAAACUGCACUGCUUCUUAACACAGCGCUCAUCCAAUGUGUCGGCGGAAACACCGUGCAUCUGGCAACCUUGGUUAGCGCGCACUGCGCCCGGCCCGCCACAGGGGUCGCUGGUGCGCGAUGAGGGAGCGAACCCAGGGUCUCUGGUGGCACAGCUGGUGCUGCAGUACAGCGCUCUUAGCCACUGCGCCACCCGGGAAGCCCCCCAAGCCAACAUUUUGAGUAAACAAUAAGUAACGAACGUUCCAUACAGCCUCCUAAACAGUAUAAUGUUUUGAAAAACCUUUCAGAUUGAUAUGAAAUAUAGUGUAAUGCCUGAUGACAAACUGUAUCUAGAGCCAGGCCCAGAAGACAGAAAAUCAGAUUCAGGAGGACUUUGAGAAACUUCACCAGUUUCCACGAUAUGAAGAGGCAGCCAGGAUGGCUGUC